AACUAAAAGGUGAAGGGUGAACAGUAAAAACUAAGAAAAUAUUAAGGGUUGCAAACUAAUCUAAGCUAAUUCUACAACUACUAAUCACUGAAACAAAACGUGAACAAUUUUAGUUUCCAACACUCUCUCCCGCCGACCAGAAGAAAGUGCUCUGUCUCAUUUUCACAUCAUUUUCGAUCGAUCCCGUCUCGUCAAAUGGCUGAGAUUGAACUGAAGACUGCACCAGCUGACUUCCGAUUCCCAACAACUAAUCAAACUAGACACUGUUUCACACGCUACAUUGAGUUCCACAGGUGCUUGGCUGCCAAGGGUGAUGAUUCUGGAGAAUGUGAAAAAUUUGCCAAGUACUAUAGGUCCCUCUGUCCUGGUGAAUGGGUUGAGAGAUGGAACGAGCAGAGGGAGAAUGGGACUUUCCCAGGGCCCCUUUGAUUUUGAAACUGCUUUAGGUCUUCAUGUCUCUGCAUUGGGAGCUGAGUUUUGCAUGGUCUUUUGUCUGAUGCUGAUCUGUGGGUUUUUGUUUCAGCGUUAUGGAUCAAUAAGGUAGUGUAUUUAUUUCCAAUGUACAACAACUGUAAACUUGAGAAGCGUGCUUGUGUUGCAAGUACUGAUUCAUUCAUAAAAAACACGUAACCGUUGCUGCAAUUAUUAUAUUC